AUGGUUAAGGCACUUUUCUUCCAGUCUGAUACAAGUUCACUAAAACGUAAUAUUUCGAGCGGAUCUUCAUCUGGAUCUCCACCUACUACCAAGAUGCCGAAAGGAAAUGAUGAAUUACCAAUGGCUAUUACUCAAUCGAUCAUGGACAGUCCUGAACUUCGCAAACAGCUGAUUUCUCUGCUUCUUCCUCCGUCUACUGCUGUGACAGCAACAACAACGACAAAUAGUCGCAUGGACAGUGAAGAACAGAAAGAAAAUGAUAAUAAAUUCGACGAUCUCUUGAUGGUACGAGCUAACGAAAUUGGUAAUUUACUUGCCUCUACAGUUGGAAAAAUUCGAUCUGAACGUGUCGAUAAAUUAGAAAAUCGAUUAGAAGCAGUAGAGAAUGAACUCGAAGAUGCUCGUCCUUAA